AUGAGUGAUAGUCAACCUCUCUUAAACGCAUCCAAUAAAUUGUCUAUUGGUAGCGAUGAUGAUGAUGAUGAUGAUAGUAAUGGAAAUAAGAAACAACUUUUGACCAAUAGCUUUUCUGAUUGGCGUCGAUAUUUCAGUAGAAAAAAGAACAAUAAUGAAUAUAUCGAAUUAGAUCACGAUACUAAACAUAAUGUCAAAGAUAAAGCGGUUGGUGUUCUUCGAUUAUUUCGAUUUGCAGAUCGCAUCGAUAUUGUCCUCAUGUUCAUUGCUAUAUGUUUGAAUAUACUGCACGUAUGUUGCAUCUCCGCUAACCUGAUUCUCUUCGGCAAGCUCACAGGAUUAUUUGCGAUUGAAUCAUUUGGUGAUAAUUGUGACCAUCAACACAGAAAUUCAAUAGCUCCAAUUACACACAACAAUACAUAUUCUCAAGAUAUCGAGCUCAAUAUAUUCAAUAAUGCUUCAUCGCACAAACUGCGUUAUAAUAGCGAUGUAUUUUUAUCAUCAACAAUAGCUACAUCAAUACCUUCAUUUCGACAAAAAGUUAUGCACAUGGUUCACUUGUUAUUCAUUACGGGUGCUUUGGAACUUCUGAUUGGCUCAAUGUCAGUUUUCCUUUGGGCCAUUAGUGUGAAACGACAGAUAUUUCGUAUGAGUGUUUUACUCUUUCGAUCACUUGUUCAACGUAGCAUUCCUUAUAUGGAUACUAAACCGACUGGUCACCUCCAUGUUACACUAUUUGAUAAUAUUGCGAAGAUGGAGAGAGGCAUGGGUUUUGAAUUUUUAAUAUUGAUCGCAAUUUUACUAGCUGUCAUUAGUUGUAUAAUAAUAUCUCUAAUUAUCAGUUGGCAAUUGACUUUGAUCAUGCUAUUUUUGAUACCUUUGGCCAUUGGCACUUCAAUUGUAUUUUCUAAGAUCAUCGCUAAGGAAGCAAACAAUGAGUUAAGGACAUACUCGAAAGCAGGACAAAUCAUUCAAGAAGUGUUUAGUUCACUUCGCACUGUGCUUUCUCUCAAUGGUAGUAAAUUUGAGCAAAAACGAUAUGAAAAAGAAUUGCAUUCAACUCGUUGGAGUAGUAUACGCCAAGGUGCAGUGUUUGGAGUUUAUACUGGCUGCUUAUCUCUGAUAAGUUACCUAGUUUAUGCAGUCGGUUUCAUAUUUGGUUUUCUUAUUAUGUCAAGCAAAAGUCAUCAUAGCUUGAAUAUUAGUGAUAUUCUUAUCGUUGUCUCAAUCUUUGCACAAUGUAUGCUUUCCUUCAGUUUGAUUGGUCCUUUUUAUCAAUCAGUUUCAGCAGCUCAAGGUGCAGCAGUAGCAGUUUUUCAACUUAUUGACGAGGGAAAUGACAUAAAUAUUAAUGAAACAGAUGUAUGGGAAGAGAAUAAAGGAUCGAUUUAUAAUAUCAAUGGUGAUAUUGAAUUUGACAAUGUCAACUUUAUUUAUCCAUCUCGAAAAGAUGCACCAGUUCUACAUAAUCUCUCUCUUAUUGCUCGUGCUGGUCAAACAACUGCUCUCGUGGGUUCAAGUGGCUGUGGAAAAAGUACAUGUAUAUCACUGUUUCUUCGUUACUAUGAACCUUCAUUGGGUCGAAUAAUGAUCGAUGGUCAACCGAUAACAGAUUACAAUGUCCAACAACUUCGACAAAACAUUGGAGUUGUUAGUCAAGAACCUAUUCUGUUUGGUAUGAGUAUUUAUGAAAAUAUUCGUUUUGGUAAAGUAAAUGCAACACAAGCAGAAAUCGAACAAGCAGCACGAGAAGCAAAUGCGCAUAAUUUCAUCAUGCAAUUACCAGAUAAAUAUGAAACACUUGUUGGUGAACGUGGUAUACAGUUGAGUGGUGGUGAAAAACAACGUAUUGCAUUAGCUCGUGCUCUUGCCAAACAGCCUACUUUCCUUUUAUUGGAUGAAGCAACAAGUGCACUUGAUAAUGUUAGUGAAAAAAUUGUUCAAGAAGCACUCGAUCGAGCAUGCAAAGGUCGUACAACUAUCGUUAUUGCUCAUCGUUUGACUACAAUUCAAAAAGCUCAUCAUAUAUAUGUAUUAGAUAAUGGAAGUGUAAUUGAACAAGGUACACAUGAAACAUUGAUGGUAAAAGAAGGAGGCAAAUAUCAAGCAAUGGUCAAACGUCAACAAAUGGAAAGAAUCUAUGACGAUCAAGAUGAUACGAUAAGCAUACACAAACCAAAAGAAGAAGAUGAGAAGUCGAUCUAUGAACGCUCCCAUUUACUAAGCGAUAGUCAAACUGUUGAUGUGAACAAACAAAGUUCAAAACCAUUUAGAGAAAGAUUUAUCUUUUUAAGACUCUUGUCAAUGAAUAGUCCUGAGUGGAUAACUAUUUUGAUUGCUUGUAUAGCGUGCAUAUUUAAUGGUGCAAUUCAACCAUUCUACGCAUUUUUAGUCGCCAAAACAGUCGACGUAAGUAAUUCACCCGUAUAAAUAUUAUACAAAAA